CGUGACAUGGACUUUACCCAAAUGGCUAUAUUUGGAGCAUAAAAAAGAUAACAUAGAUACGGCUACUCUAACGAGAGGUGGGAAAUAGUCGAUCUCCCGGACACUUCAUUCAACAACAAAAAAAAUGGUUGCAAUAAAGAUAAUCCAAACCCCAUUCAAUAACACCAGCAAUCUCCUGCAUCCGACCUUUCAUACAAGGACCUUAUGGAAGCUCUGCUCUCUCCCUCUCUGCCGGUCCGUACCCAAAGACUCGAGUUCGGAGGGUUCGCCGCCACAAGGGGACCCGAAAAAACAAGAAUUACUGGCCAGAAUAGCAAUGCUUCAAACUCAAAAGUACAGACUCACUGACUUCUUGGAUGAACGAUCAGCUUAUCUUACUCAAUUUGCAGAAGAAGCCAAUGCUGAAAUGGAUGCCAUAGGUGAAAGUGCGCUAAAAGAUCUCGAUGAAGCCAGUGCUCGGAUAAUGGAGAACAUUGAAAGCAAGAUGCAAGCCUUUGAAGAAUCAUCAGAGAUAAGCAAGGAGGAGAUUGCUAUGAGGGAAAAGGAGUUGGCAGAUUUUGAAGGUGAUAUAGUCAAGGGUCGAAAUGAAGGAUUGUUCUUUCAGAGCCUGCAGGAAAAGACACCAGUUGAUAAAGCAAAGGCCAAGGAGGAAGCAAAGAAAAUUAGUGAUAUUACUAAAGAUAGCGCUGCGUCCAAAGUCAGGAGAAACAUAUACCUUGCAUUGAUUGGUCUCAUGUCUAUCGGUAUUGCUGAUUCGUAUAUUGCUUCCCCACCAGACUGGAAGAAAAUAGCUGUUCUUGGUGCAGUUUUUGUUGGAUUGCUCAGCCAAUUCUUCUAUGAGCAAAAUUUGUCAAUUGGAAGUGAGAAGCAUGAAAAGGAGGACAAAGAUGAAAAAAGGUGAAUUCAAUUAUGUGAUCUUUUCUUCAGCAACUCAAAAACAACAAAUAUUGUAUGAAAAAAAAAUGUAUACCUAGUGAGUAUAGCAAGAUAUUAUAGACCCUAGUAUUGCUCAUCCCUUAGGUUUUGUGCAUCAUGCUAGUUUGCUUUUGAUAGCUGCGUAUAAGCAUUAACCUGAAAGUUGUGGUGCUAAUUUUUCUGACACAAUCAAAACCCAUCACAACAGGCAUAAUCAAUGCUUCUGGAUGUACAAAUACGUUGUGAAUUUUAUACAAGUAUAACAUAUGAAUGAAAUACAAAUGUUUUUGCUUUCAAA